GGCUUCAGCCGUCGUCACCUGCACGAGGACGAGGCGCGGCUCCUCUAGGAGGCCGACUACUCGGCACCGCCGGACAUGCAGGUGCCGGGCAUGUGGAAGCUGAGCACCGGCGGAGUGUCGGUGCCACCGGCGCUGCCCGGCGCGCCGAGAUCGCGCGCAUCCGGUCCUCCUUGACGGAGGAGGUGCGCAACCAGCCGAGGUACGCCCCCGACAGCAACACGCUGUGGACGGUGUACUUCAAACGCCGCCACGCCGAGCAGCUCGCCUCCUCGAACGGCGUCGAGCCCCGUGGUCGCCACAACUCCCAGGGACGGCGCCAAUGGUGGGGCGUCCCCGGCUGCACCCUCGAAGCCGUCCUCGAGCACAUCGAGGCCGGCAACACGCCGCGCCUGGAGUGCCCGGCGCCUCCCACCUUCUCACGCCGUCGCGGCAGCUCAUGGACGCCGCGGCGGAUGGAGACGGCGACCUCCGAGCACAUCGAGGCCGGCAACACGCCGCGCCUGGAGUGCCCGGCGCCUCCCACCUUCUCACGCCGUCGCGGCAGCUCAUGGACGCCGCGGUGGAUGGAGACGGCGACCUCCUCGUCGUCGGGCUCUAGCUCCCUCUCCUCCGGUUCGCCGGCACUCCGCCCCGUCAAGCCGGAGCCAAAAGGAGACGCCACUCGGGCGUCGCAGGUGCGGCCUCAUCAUCCACGACGGUGGACGCCCCUCUCCUUCUUCCCGGCUCGUCAGGCCGAAGACCGAGCCAGGGUUGCUCCCCGUGAAUUAGAGCACGCGGACAUGACCGCCGCCGACGAGACCGCCCUCAAAUGGGCGAAGGCGCACUGCGUUCGCGAGCAGGUGGAGCGCCAGCGCCGCGCCCUCGAGGAGAUCGCCGCGGAUGCGUGGAGGGUGGCGUCGUCAUCCUCGACAGCGACGACGAGGACGCGCCCGGGUCGUCCAACCCCCCGCGCAUCGGCGACGCUGGUCAGGGGUCCAACAGGGACGGCGGCGACUACACCCGGUUCUACAGGCUCCUCGGCAUGUAGAAAGCGGGGCUUUUCGGCAGCAGCGCGGCGACGCAAUAGUGCUAGGCGUUUUUUUAGUUUAGUUUAGAUUUAUGUGUUUAAGUUUUUGUACAAAUAUCAAUGAAAUCGCGACGAAUAUGCGUCGUGUUUGGCCGAACUUUGGCCGAGUUUAUUUUUCAAAAAGGGGGUCGUGGGGUGGCGGUUGGGAAACCGACCGCCCCCACGCCGAUAUUAUCGCCCCUGGGGGGCCGAACGGCUGGAGAUGCUCUGAGUAACCCAAGGUCAAUGCUGGCAAUUCUACAAACUAGUCCAAAUACCUUUUCCCUUGAUACUUGAACAUGAGUAGAUAGUUCCUGAUAUAAGUCUUGCGGAGUAUAUUUGUAGCUUAAUUAACUUGUUGCGGAGGAGACCACUAAACCCAAUGGUGGUUUCUAAGUGGCUACAAAUUAACUUGUUGCAGAGGAGACCACUAAACCCAAUGGUGGUUUCUAAGUGGAAUUCAAUGUCCACUAAGAAGGGUCGUUGUAUCUUCUUUCAGGCCUCUUGUGCCCCUUUUUAAACUUGUCUUUAGUAAGACAUAUUUUGCUUCUGCUGAUGCUUGUUGUAUGUUGGGUCAUGUGACCUUUGUGUGUAAAUAACACUGCUACGAUUUGCUCUUUAGAACCUAUGUGCUUCGAGUCGUAGAGUUCGUGUUGCGAACUUGUGAUACAUGUUGUUUCCGACACACUGCAUGCAUGAUAAGUGCACGUUGUGUGUAGGGGUUUGAAUUUUGGGUCGUGUACUUGUUAGCGGACUUUCAAUACAGAGGAGUAUCGCAUGUGUUAUGAGAGCUCGGGAGUUUGUCACACCACGCCAGGUGCUGACGCUCCAGCUCGGACACAUCGAGCAGACACAUGCACUGGGAGCUCGGGAGUUUAUCACGCCAUGCCAGGUGUUGACGCUUCGGUCCAGUUGCAUUGCAUCAACUAUUGUAUGAUCGUUCCUGAUUGAGUUAUAUGGCCUGGAUCUCGGGUCGGAAUCUUUGAUGUGCAAUUGCUAGCAGUCGAUCAAAUACGGGGUGAAGCAACUUGACUAUGCGCUGGGGAUUCAUUCCCAGCCCUGCAUAGUCCUUGUAUGGUAACGAUGGAUUCCCCUACAUCGGUUGAUGUGAUCCCGAUGUAGGACUGCUGGACCAUUGUUCCUGGCUCUCCGAGAGUAUUUGGCGCCCAUGGAGCAGUCUGUAUGGCUGUUAUUGUCCGGACGCGAAUCUCGACUUCCUGUAUGCUCCACUACAGCUAGGUCAAAGGAUACUGCAGCGUUGUAAACCGAUGAAUUUUCCAGCACAAGCGGGGGUAUAUAAAAGUUCAGAGCAUUCUUCCUACCCUUAUCAUUUUUUUCAUGUACAUGUGGUGCUCGAUGCCUCAAUGGUCAUACCAUUGAUAUUCAUGUUUUUGUUGUUCAUCUUUUGAUGUUAAACUGCUAAGAACUACUACUUUAUUAUGUUUAUUGGUUUAUCUGGUUCGUCAUUUAUUACCAAAAUUAUUUGUCUGUGAUAAAUCUGAACAUUCUGUUUUGUUCUAUUUCUAAAGGUGCAUAGGGGGAACAAAACUUUGUAGCUAAGUACAAUUCCAAAUGCUGAAGUCAAUCCUUUUUAUGAAUCAUUUUUGCUGACACAUAAUAUCCUUUGGCCAUGAGAAUGCAGGAUUAUGCAGAGUUGUUUUUAUUAUUGCCGGAAAAACUAUUCCUAUGUAGUGCUGUGUGAUGGCUUUCCGCAUAUUAUGCUAAUGUUUUUGUCCGAGGCUUGGCCUUUCGUGACGGUUUGUUGCUGCAAUUCCAGACUAACCAUGUGUGAUUCAACGGUUGAGAAAAUGGAAAUAGAACUUCUGACUAAAGUUGGGGGUGUAAUGUUUGGACAUUAUGUUACGCAAAAAUGAAAACCCUUUGCAUAGAAAGAGGUACUUGAGGUGAGAGGAAACACAACAGAAUCUGCUACAGUUGAAUAAGGUGAGCACAUGAGGUAGGGCGCCAGGAAAUGGUGGAGGAAUGGAGUUACAACGCAGCACAGCUACGAUGGCGAAGCUUCAGGAGGAAGAAGGAUUAUAUAGGAACGGAGGAUCAGGAGAUAGAUGCCAACUUGUCUUCUAGCAGGGUGGGGAUGGAAUGCGCAGUAGUUUCCAAAGAGAAGGAAAUAGGAAAAGGCCGGCUUUUGCCAUGGCGUGGUCAACAAGUGCAUGUGCAUCGUACUUAAACUUGGGUUCAUAAAAAAAUUAAUCCUUCUUUUUCGAGUUAGGGAGAAAACAAACCUGACUACUAUUUUCUGGACGUACAAAUGAAAGUUGAAUGAAAUGUACCGGACAACAUUUUUUCUUC